UCAGCUUCUGUUUUGUAAGAAGACAAUUCUGCAGUAAAGGGUACUUGAACAAACAAAAGGCUGUGCCUGUGAAGAACACGAGAUGGACAAGAAGGCAUUUGAGAUGGUGCUUGAUGAAAUUAGAAAGGCUGUGUUGAUGGAAUACAAGUUAAAAGCUAUUGAAUAUGUACAUGGAUACUUUUCUAGCGAACAGAUUGUUGAAUUACUAAGGUACUUCUCUUGGGCUGAACCACAGUUAAAAGCAAUGAAAGCAUUACAGCAUAAAAUGGUAGCUGUUUCUGCAGCCAAAGUGGUUAACAUCCUCAACUGUUUCACUUUUAGUAAAGACAAACUUAUUGCACUAGAGCUGUUGGCUUCAAAUAUAAUCGAUGCUCAGAAUUACCGUCUUAUUGAAGACCUCUUCCGAACUAGUAUGUCUGAGAAGAAGAGGUGUAGAAGAAUUCUUGAACAGGCAUCAAAAGCUGGAUGCAAAGCACCUCAUGCUAUGAUAUCUUCUUGUGGUAUGAUUCCUGGAAAUCCUUAUCCAAAGGGAAAGCCUAGCCGCAUAAAUGGAAUUUUCCCGGGGUCACCAGUCAAAAAGGAGAAUGAAGAUUAUAGUAACGAAGGCAAAGGAAUUGCAGCUCGCAUUCUUGGACCAUCCAAACCAGCUCCGGCAACAUACAAUCCACAUAAACCUGUUCCUUAUCCUAUCCCUCCUUGCCGACCACAUGCAACAAUUGCACCUAGUGCUUACAACAAUGCUGGUCUUGUUCCACUGGCUAAUGUCAUUGCCCCUGGUUUGCCAGCUCCACCACCAUAUACCUCUAGUCAUGUAGGAACAGGUAAAGCAGAAAACGAAGAGCUUUCCAAUCAGACAAAAUCUUCCCAAAGCCAAGCUUUUGCUACACAAUCGAAUCAUCUCUUUACACCUCAUGGUUCUAACCCUGCAGCUUCUCCAGCCCCAACCCCGUCAUCUGUUAAGGCAAUAAGCCAGUCAUCAACACUUCCAUCUCCAACCACAGCAGGGAUAAGCAUGUCCACCCCUGUUCUCCCUGGCUUCCCAGGGCAGACUGUCUCAUCUGUCCAUUCACCUCAGCCAUUGACUCCAACUCCUUCUGUUAUUAAAUCCCACUCGCUCCCUGGUGUUCCUACUACAUCUGCUCAUUGUGCCACUCCUGCUCCACUCCCUGCAACUUUCUCUGGGCUGACUUCCAUGCUUCCUGCUGCAGCAGCUCCACAAGGGCUGCCUGCACCAUGUGCCAACUCUGCACCUAAUGAAGGUUUUGCAUCUGCCUCUGCACCAUUCGCCAGCCUGCCUUUUCCUGCAUCAUCUGUCGCUUCAUCAGCUAAUAACCCCAAUUCAUUGCCAUCUGCUUUUGCUGGCCUGCCUUUGUCCCUGACGCCCACUCCUCAAGGAAUAGCCAGUCCCCUUCCUUCUGCCAUUGUUGGUUCUCCUGCCACUAGCCUACCAUGCCCACUGAACUUACCUAACCCACUCCUAUCAGUCUUAAAGGGAUUUUUGUCAGCCAGUGAUGGCUCCCUAAUGAAUUCAACUGCUCUGCCUUCUGCUGUGACAGCUGAGCUUGCUUCGUUAUCUGGUCUUGCUAGCCAGAAUUCUGAAGCUGCCUCUUCAUCAAGUAACAAGUGUUACACUCCAACGACUACCUCUACCCUUCAACAUCCUCCCACUCCAGGACUGUCCAUUUUCCCAGGGCUCCCAUCUCAACCUGGAGCAAGCAGUAGUGCAACCCCUCCUGCUUUACCAACACAGUCCCCUUUAAACACGUUGGCAUCUUCCAUCAUGCCAGUCAAUUGUGCCUCCUCAGUUGCUCUUCCCCAUUGUCCAAGUCCUGCUAAUCAUGAACAGCAGGUGGUAUCCACCUCAACUGCCACAGCCAUUCCAGCUCAGGUGAAAACCGAACCCACAAGCCCUACUCUUUCCAGUUUCAAAGGCACUUCACAUUCUGCCGGGCCUUCUCAUAGCACUUCAGGCUUGUCAGCUCUUAGCCAUGCAUAUACCUCAACUACAUCAUUGCCAGGCAGCUUACCUAGUUCCCUUAAUCCAGCACUAUCUAGUCUUUCUUCAUUGAGUGUUCCACUAAAUAACACACCUUCUAUUGCCCCACAUGGCUCUUCUGCUCCAUUAGCUCCAGUAUAUAAUGCACUUCCUCCUUUCACUUCCCUAACUAGCAAUUUUGCUUUCCCUGGCAAUCCAGCACUUACCCCGACAGGAUCUCUGUUGCCCAUUCCUCCUACAACUACAUCAGCCAUUUCUGCAGCUCAUGUCAGCUCCACAGCCACUGUUCUCCCAACACUCAUUGCUUCAGCAGCUGCUCCAGCUCCAUUUCCCCUUAACUUGUGCAGCGCUGUCCCUUCCCUGUUUUCUGUUCCUCAAGUACCUCUAGGAUCAUGCAGCUCAUCCUUCCCUCCUUUCCCUGUCUCUAACACUCCCUCUGUCACUCCUGCUCUCCCUUCUUUCCCUGGGCUCCAGGCAUCUUCUACAGUAGCAGCAGUCGCACCGCUGCCGGCAGCUGCCACAGCCCCAUCUCCAGCUCCAGUGCUGCCAGGGUUUGCCUCGGCCUUUAGCUCAAACUUCAACUCUGCACUUGUUGCCCAGGCUGGCCUGACUUCUGGGCUCCAGGCCCCUGGUAAUACAGUAUUCCCGGGACUCCUCUCUCUUCCUGGCAUCCCUGGACUUGCCCAAAGUGCUACACAGUCUUCCUUACAAGAACUUCAGCACAGUGCAGCUGCACAGUCAGCCUUACUACAGGCACACUCUGCUUCUGCUCUGGAGAACUACACAUCACAGCCUGAUGGUUAUACCACAUAUCCUGCGGCAACAGGAACGCCUGCAACUCCCUUUUCAUUGCAAGCAAGUCUUCCCCAGAGUGGAUGGCAAUAAAUAACAUCCAUUUUGCCUAAAGAAUCAUAGAAUCAUAGAGUUGGAAGAAACCACAAGGGCUAUCCAGUCCAAUCCCCUGCCAUAUAGAGAAAGGUCUUUUCGUGAAGACUACUGUGCUAGUUCAGCAAAUCCAUUGAUGAUGCUUCCAUUGAAGGUUUUUGGCAAAAAUCAACUGACUUCAGUGUGUAGCAAUCAAGAGGAAGAGAAGAAAGAUUCCAAGUAACUAUUUCUAGCAGGUUACCAAAUCCCUGGAUUUUUAAAGAAAACAAGCAAAAACUUUAAAUCAUUGCCCAUAUGAAGCACUGAGUUUAAUUCUUUUCUUUUUUAGGUAGCAGUCAAGACUGUUUGUCUCUUUAUGGGAUCUUUUAAAAUAUAAGCCUCUAUGAUGGGGGUGAAACAGAUGGCUUGGAGCAACCCCAUUUAUGCUGGAUUGGGGGCCCAGCAAACAGAUAUGUGGCCCCAGUCCAACCAUCUUCUGCCCCAAAUAGCUGCCCCUUUGCCUCUGAAGCCGGCUUUUCACUGGCUCCAGAGCGUGUGGCAUCUAAACACCAGUGUGUAAUCGCCAGGGUGACUUCCACGCAACUUGGGGGCAUGACAUGUGCAAACGCCACACCCCCAGCUGGUUUGAAGCCAGCUGAAGCUGCCAGUCUGUUUUGGCCCUUGGUUUCUUUAAAAGUCACCCUGUCCCUAUUUACACCUUCCUUCUUUCAGAGUUCAGGAUUCAGGAGGCCUUGUUUUUAAACUUUAUGCAAAUCCAGAUUUAGUGCACAAUUUAUUUAGAUCAUUACAAGCUGUAUCUUAGGAUACAUGAUUUGUAUCCUAUGGUUAACUUGUUUAUUUUUAUCUCAUUCUCAAAAGCAUUGAUAGCAACAGCUCCAAUGCAUCAUAUUAUGUGACAUCAGAAACUACCUGUCAUGUCGAAAACCUGCUGAUUUUAUUAAUCAUGUACUCAUUUUCCUUGCAAGUAUCGAGCUAACCCAAAGCUGUUCUGUAGUCAAGUAAGAAUGAAUUCUGUAAAGCUCUGAAAACACAAUUGUAAUUCUUGGGUAGGCCUGCACACAUCCGGUACUGCAUUUUUUGUUCUUUGAUCCCCUUAAUGACAACUUUAGGCUACAGAUGCCAGUGUAAUAAAAGAAUUUUUAAAUCAAUUUCUCACUCUAGUUAGGAAUCAUACAAUUCAAAAUAUGGUCUUGUUGUGUUAAUUAAGUGCUCUAUACUGUUUAGCAUAUUUAGUGACGACUAAGAAAAAACUCCAGAAUUAUCUCUCUUUUAAGAAAGGCUUGUCUUAGAUCUACAGAAGAGAGAUGAUACUUGAUUUUGUGUUUUAAUGUGAAUACUUAUUUUGUUGCAGUGCAUAGCUUAACAUUUCCCUGUAAAGAUGAAAGUCUGCUGUAUAGUAUUACUAAUGUAGAGGCUUUCCAGAACUGAACAGGCAUGAAGAACACUAAUGUGUAUAUAUCUGUAUUUUUAUAAAGUUUUUAAAAUAAAAUGUGUAGCAGUUGGACACGUGUUUCUAAACUAGACCUGAAUAAA